AUGAUGGACAAUGAGAAGCACGACUGCCGCAGCCUGCAAGUUCUGGCCUGGGAAGAGGGCUGCCCAUGGCAGAAACAAUGGCUGAGCCCCUCCACGUUGUAUGCUGCAGCGGAGGACGACGAGGCACAACGAGCGCUCCCGCGCUCUCCCCUGGUGGUGAUCCAAGCCAAUGCCGAUAAGACCCGUUCCUGCCACCUGUGCAGGCGUGCCUUUACGAAAGCAUUUCUGAUUCCCGAGCUUUGGUGGUCUGAUUACAGCAAGCGGUCGAACGGAUACUUUGGCUGCGACACCACGGGCGAUGACGAGGGAAACAUCGCCACAGUCACAACAUGGUCGCGGUAUCUCGUCAAGCAACUCGCCGGCAAGGAGAAGAUUCACCAUUCAUGGUACAAGAUCAAUGUCGUCGUCAGGUGGUCGGCCACCCCGAACCAGACCGUCGUCCUCAUCUUCGAUGCGCCGAAAGAGCUCGAACAAAGAUUACCGAGACCGCUCCUUGAUCCAGUCACGAAAGAACUCCUCCGGGACCCCUUUCUGAUCCACCUCUGCCUCGCCGAGGAGGUCGUCCGCGUCCAGAACGACGCCGUCUGGUCGCUCCGGACCUACGUGCGCGACCUGGAAAAGGAACGCACAAAGGAGACCCCGUCGCCGGACUACCAGAGGCUGCACGACCUCGCGCGCCACGCCAUUCACAUUUGUGAGACGCUCGACCUCGGCGCCGUGUCCAUGGAGAGCACCCUGGCCCACCACGCCGUCUUGGCCGACGAGGCGCCGGCCGCCGCCGCGGGCCAUCGCGCCAGGUUCACGCACAGGCACGUCCACCAGCGGCUCGAGUUCUUCAAGCACAUGUUCGAGAGCCUCCGCUGCCGCUCCUCCUCUAACAAGGAGAGGCUCGACAAUGAGAUGCAGCUCGCGUUCCACACGGUCGCGCAGCACGAUUCGCGCACCGGCGUCGAGAUUGCCCGGGCCGCGCAGUCGGACAGUGCCGCGAUGAAGACCAUCUCGUUCCUGACGCUGGCUUUCCUGCCGGCCACGUUCAUCUCUGCUGUUUUCAGCAUGUCGUUUUUCAAUGUCGAUGACGAUACUGGAGAGUGGAGCGUUUCGAAUAAGAUUUGGAUAUACUGGGCUUUUGCCAUCCCGGUCACUCUUGUUACGACAGGGCUGUGGUAUCGGUGGCAGCGGAAAUUGUAUCAGCCCAUGAUCAAGGUGUCACACGACAAGACGACGUGA